AUGUACAUCUCCCUUAUCUUACUCACAUCCUCCCUCAUCCUCACGCAGUGCUCGAUCGAUGCCCACGGCACAUCCCUAACAGACUCGGCCCUUUCCGCCGCGAAAUCUGCGCACGCCGUCCUGCUCGGCGCCAUCGGCGGCCCCAAAUACGGCGUUGGCAAGAUCCGUCCUGAACAAGGCCUGCUCAAGCUCCGCAAGGAGAUGGGCACGUUCGGAAACUUGCGCCCCUGCUUCUUCGCGUCCCCGUCCCUUACUGCCCGCUCGCCGCUCAAAGAAGAAGUCUGCACCGGCACCGACUUCAUGAUCGUCCGCGAAUUGACGGGCGGCAUCUACUUCGGGGAUCGUGUCGAAGGGAACCCCUCGGACGGCGCCGACGAAUGGGCUGAGGACCGCGAACCGUAUUCCCGGAGAGAAAUCGAGCGCAUCACGCGUCUCGCGGCGCGUCUUGCGCUGGCGAAGAACCCGCCGUCUAAAGUCUGGAGUCUCGAUAAAGCGAACGUGCUCGCGACCAGUCGACUGUGGCGCCGUGUAUUGACGGAGACGAUGCAGAAGGAAUUCCCGCAGCUAGAAUUCGAGCAUCAGCUGAUCGAUUCCGCAGCAAUGAUCAUGGUGAAGAACCCAAGAGCACUCAACGGAGUCAUUGUCACUUCGAACUUGUUCGGCGACAUCAUUUCCGACGAAGCAUCCGUUAUCCCGGGCAGUUUGGGCCUGUUGCCUUCCGCGAGUCUCAGUGGCGUGCCUGAUGGGGAGGGUCUGUGCAACGGGAUCUACGAACCAAUUCACGGUUCCGCGCCGGAUAUUGCAGGCCAGGGCGUGAUUAACCCGGUGGCAGCAAUCCUUAGCGUGGCAAUGAUGUUACUUUACAGUUUGAAUAUGGCGAGGGAGAGUGUAUUGGUCGAACAGGCGGUGAGGAUCGUUAUUGACAAGGGGAUCGUGACGAGGGAUAUUGGUGGGAAUAGUUCAACGGUUGAAGUGGGUGAUGCAGUGGCGAAGGAGUUGGAAACGUUGUUCAGCCAGUGA